AGUCAUCAGAGAUUAAGGAUGGGAACAAUUCUAAAUCCCUGUGUGAAGAUUUAGACUCACAGGUGUUGCCCUCUGAGUCCAACCUUAAACUAGCCUUUAGUAAAGGCUCACAGUCUUUAAGUCCUUAUGUUGCUUUCUUGCUGAGCACUCCUGCUGGCUUCAUUAAGAUGAGAAGGUAAAUAAUGGGAAUGAAGAUGAAGGUCCCCUGGCAGACAAUCCUGAGAACGUGAAACAAUAUGAGACAUUGCCAGAGGCAUCUGAAGAUAAUGCUUUCCAGAAACGUAGCAAGGUAGAGACCUAUAAGAACCAGCACAUGCCAGAGAUGCACCAGAGAGCUCUCUGGGGAGAGACAAGAUGAUGGUAUUCAUCUAGAACAGGCUCUUGAGGGCCUCAGUGUCAUCCUUCUCCACCCAGAAGAUGCUAUAGGUGACAAUCACUCUGGAUACAUGAGUCAGACAUCAAAUCUUCAUCAGUGUGAGGUAUCCCAGACAGAGAAACCCCACAACUGCCCCAAAUGUAACAAGGGUGUCAGGCAGAGCUCUGAUUUGAUUAAACAUCAGAGAACUCACACAGGUGAGAAGCCCUUCAUGUGCAGAAAAAUACACACAGGAGAAAAACCCUACUCUUGUCUUGAAUGUGGGAAAAGCUUCAGGUGAAACUCUCACUUGGGGAAUCACCUAAAAACUCACAGUGGUGAGACUUUCUUCAAAUACAUGCAAUGUGGAAAAGGCUUCAGGGGUUUCUCAGCACUCACUCAGCAUCACGAAACCCACACGGCUGAGAAGCCCUGUGUGUGUUCCCAAUGUGGGAAGUGCUUCAAACAAAGCACUUACCCCAACAGACACCAGUGAGUUCACACAGGAGAAAACCUCUUUAUGUGUGCUGAGUGUGGGAAGUGUUUCGAAAACAAGACACACCUCAAAUAGAACUGUAAAUUUCACCUGAAAUGGUCAGCAGGACAGCAUUUCUCGUGA